UCUUAAUACAGUUACAAUUGGUAUAAAUUAAGAUAUUGGUAGUGACAUUGUUUUCAACUGUGUUCUUAAAAAGUUUCCAGAAUGAACGUUUGUAUGAAAAACCCAAACCAGAAAAUCCAGGUUUGGUGCAAGCGCAUUCCUGCAAGAUCGAUUGUGCUUGUGAUGAAUUUCCUUGCAGUCUUCUGCUUGUAUGUCUUACGAAUGAACUUGAGCGCAGCCAUCGUGGGCAUGGUCGACUACGAAAAACUAAAUGCUAUUAGGAGCUCCCAGUUCCAUUUGAGUUUACAAAAUGAAAGUCGGCUGCAGAAUGAAUCUCUACAUUUCUCGUAUUCAACAUGUGAACAUGCUUAUUAUGAUGAUAAAGAAGAUAUUUCAGAUAUCGAAACGUCAGCUGUAGUAGAAGGUAAAAAGUUUUUAUGGGAUGAAAAUAUGCAAGGUUUGGCAUUGGGUUCUUAUUACUACGGAUACGCAUGUUCACAGAUUAUUGGAUCAUGGAUUGCACGAAAAGUUGGACGCGUUAAAGUGAUGGGAUUUUCAUUUCUUGCUGCAUCGUUGUGUACAAUUCUCACACCAGCAGCUCUUGAGAUAGGAUUUGAGAUGUUUGUAAUAGCGAGAAUUGCUAUUGGUUUGUUCUCGGGUGUUACCUUCCCGAUGAUGUAUGCGAUGUGGACAAUGUGGGCACCACCACCUGAAAGAAGCAUUUUGUUGGGGUCCACAUUUUCAGGGGCAGCAAUCGGAGUAGUAGUAACUUUACCACUUUCUGGCGUGUUGGCGACAACAUUCGGUUGGCAGUCGGUGUUCUAUGUAACAGGUUCAAUUGGGUGCGUAUGGGCUCUUUUGUGGUUGAUCCUGAUAUACGAUUCUCCCUCAGAACAUCCGAGAAUUUCAGAAAAAGAGAAGAAUUUUAUACAGGAUUCACUUGGACAUAAUAGAGACGGAAAAUCAAAGAGAGAACGAUCGAGACCUGUACCAUGGAAGUCAAUUCUUGGGUCGCUUCGACUAUGGGUCGCAUUUUUUACCUACAUUUCCUCGGAUUUUCUACUUAUCGUAUUUUUGACAAUGCUUCCAACGUAUCUCAGGACUGUCAUGAAGUUUGACAUUAAAGCGAGCGCAGGAUUGAGUGCAAUUCCGUACAUUGCAAAGUUUGUUCUUUACAUAAGUGCAGGAUUUUGUGCAAAAAGACUGAUUUCAAAAGGAGUAAAAGUUAUCUACGUUCGUAAACUAUUUCAGUCAAUAGGUAUGUUUGUUCCUGGACUUGCAUUGAUCUUUGCGGUCUAUAUAAAAUGCAACAUUCCACUUGUCAUGUUGGUCUUCAUUUUGUGCGUUGCGGUGGAGGCAGUCACUACACCUGGCGUCAAAGUUGCAUUGAUCGAAAUGGCGCCAUCUUUUGGAGGAAUAAUUUACGCAGUUGCAAACACAAUGUCAGCGACGUCUGGUUUCAUUGCACCGCAAAUAGCAGGCCUAUUACGAACAGCUUACCAAGAAGAUCCCAUACAAGGGUGGAGAGCAUUGUUCUGGUUAUCAACAGCGAUUGUCUUUGCGGGAGGGAUUUCGUUUCUGCUAUUCGGCACCGUAGAAGUUCAGGAAUGGGCAAAGUCGAAGGAUGAAGAAGAGAACGUCUCAGAAGAAAAUGGAGAGAAGUUGAAAACUGAAACUGUCGCAUAACUAAGAUAAACAUAUAGAAAUUGCUACAAUAUAAAUAUAGUUCAACCUAUUACGGUAUUUAAAUUUAAUUAGAUUUUCAAUAAAUAUUUAUCAAAAAAUUUACGAAGAAUUAGUUUCUUUCUUCAAAGUAAUUAAACACGUAUUUUUCGACAUGUGUGGAUUGUGUUUACAAGAACUACUUGUUGUUGGGCAAAGGCAUGAUUGCAAAGACGCAACUGAUUCUGAAAAUCUGUUCAAUAGCUUUGCACAUGUUUAUGACUGACUGAUAAACAGAGUUAGUUACGGUGGAAAGCAAAUGCACGUGUUCCAAGAAACGACAUCGGUUCUGUUUCCAUUCUGCACACACAAUUUUUUCAUAUGUUGCGGUAUUUAAUUUAAUAACCGUGCUUGAAAUUUCAGCAA